AGGCCCUCAUGUAAAUGUGUGUGGACACAGACUGACCAUUGUAUGUUUCGCUGUGAAUGUAUGUUCGUUCAUACAGAGUCUAUGUACGGGAUAUUUGGAAACGGGUGGUGAGGGCAUUGUUGCCAUACUUUGUAUAGCUGUAUAGGGGGGCAUUCUAUGAUCGACAAAAGGAUUCUUUUCAUUCAGCUCAAGUUCAGAACUUGAAGAUUCUUUCAUAAUGAGCGAAGAGGAACACAUUUACGAAUUCAACCGCGAGUAUGAAGAGAAAUCUUCAACAGAUUCGAAGCGAUCCAUUCCACCAAUAAGCACAUUUACCAAGGGAACUGGUAACGGCACAGAAGGAUAUCCCACGACACUCUACAAUUCUAAAGACGACAACCAGUCGAUGGCUAAUCUUGAAAGCAACAACAAUGACAGUAGCAACACUGACAGUUCUUCAGAAUCGAUGUCGGUCGCCUCCCCGUCACAACAACAAAAACUUUCACAACCUCAAGAGACGCAACAGCAGCCAACGCAACACCAACAAUUGUUGCAACAACAACAACAACCACAUGCUUACAACACCCCGGCUGCCGGUUUCCCGUAUUCCAACCAGGUUUUAGUCACAAGUUCGUCACAAGAGACAAAUGGAGUUCAGGCGUCUCACAUUAUCCAUAGUGGGGCUAUUCCAGCUACAAUGGUACCAGCAGGGAUGUCUUUACAGGGCCACACUGUCAUCCCAUUCAUGACAUCAACAUCUGCACCAUCGCAAGCAGGUAUAAUACAAGCGGGUGGCCCAGACCAGAUGAUGCAAUACUCUACCUCAGCCAUGCAUCUUUUGACCUCUGCAGGUCAACCCGUUUACAGCAUGCCAGCUCCAGUCCAACCUAAUUCCAGUGUCAUUUAUGUUAACGAUAGUAUACCAGUACAACCGACAGUUUUACCUCACAAUAUUGACUUGCAGCAACACUUACAACAUCAGCACCAACCACCAAAGAAUGGAUCUGCAGAGGAGAAAAACGAUCAAGACGACGAUUCGCGGAAGAUCUCUCUUGCCACUUUGGUUUCAAAUGCUCAAAAUAUGCAACCACUAGUCCAAGCAGGUACCAACCAAAGACCAGGCCUUCCUCACCUGAUGCAACUCAAUCCCCCUGCACAGAGCAUGUCUUCACUCGGUGGUCCUAUCCCACAACAUUUCAUUCCUGGUCCAGGACCGAUCCCAAUUCAAGGCUCGAUAGCGACUGGUAACUACGGCAACGCACAGGUUCUACCUCCUCAGCAACAACAAGAAGUACCAACAUCAGUCGUUUGCAUGCCUCCUCACAUUGGACCACCACCACACGGCAUGGUUGAACAACCAAAUCCAAUGAUCGGUGCUGGUCCAGGACCUGGCGGAAUAGGAAUGCCUGAUGGCGUUGAAGGCAAUCAGCAAGGUCCUGGAUCUUCGGCGGUCAGAAGGAACAGCAAGCGGCGGGGUAACAAGCGAGAUGUCCCUGUCGACGAGAAAGACAAUCGUUACUAUGAACGAAGAGACCGAAAUAAUAAGGCCGCAAAGAGAUCGAGAGACGCACGGAAAAUCAGAGAGGAACAGGUGGGAAUGCGCGCGCAUUAUUUGGAAAAAGAGAACGAUUUCUUGCGCGCGCAAUUGAAUACUCUUCGUGAAGAAGCGAAUUCUUUGAGACUUCUUCUUGCUCAACGCCCUCCUGUUAAUCAAAUGCAACCGACAGGACAGCCCCCCAUGCAGUGAUGUCGCAUUCAUGAAACUCGGAAUUGUUAGGACAGAUAAGACGAACUUGUGGUCUGCGAGAUUCUUGAGAAAAGAUACAAGUGAUGCAAGACAAAUAUUGUGAUAGUAUCAUUAUGAACUGGGGAAAUACAUCUAAUACUGGCUACUAUAUAAAGCCAGAGAUCUGUGUUAUUAACUUAAUACUACUAUUAAAA